UAAACAAAAAAAAUUUGCUCAACGUUUGUGAAAUUUAUAAUAAAAAUUUAAUUAAAUUAAAAAAUACUUAGUGAAAAAAUGGACACAAAAGGCAUUGCUCACAAAUUGGAUGCUAAAGAAAGAACCGAUGAUGUGCGUCUAAAAGAAUUGGCGCCAUUCAGUAAAAUGCUACUUUCGGAGCCGGUGCGUAAAGGUUUACAUACAGCUGGCUUUAUGUAUCCCACUGUAAUACAAGCCACCGCUAUACCAGUGGGUAAAUCAGGAAUGGACUUAUUAGUGCAAUCUAAAUCGGGCACCGGAAAAACUUUGAUUUUUUCUACGAUUGUCUUGGAGUUCUAUCAAAGCGAUUUGCGUGAGCCACAGUCGUUGAUUGUGGCACCAACACGUGAAAUUGCAGUGCAAAUUGAAGAAAUUCUUAAUGAAAUUGGUAAAUAUUGUGCAGGAUUUCGCGCUGUUUGUGUUAUUGGUGGAAUGGAUGUGGCAGAGGAUCGUAAACGUUUGCAGGGGGCAAAAUCUGUGGUUGGCACUCCGGGAAGAAUUUUACAUUUAAUACAAAAUGAAGUUUUAAAUACUUCACAAAUAUCCACGUUAGUUAUAGACGAGGCUGAUAAAAUGUAUACACAAACAUUUCGCCAAGAUUUACAGAGAAUACGCAAAGCUUUGCCAAAUCGCAAACAGACCAUAGCCUGUAGUGCCACAUUCAUUGAUAAUUUGGAUAAGGAAUUGGCAAAGAUUAUGAAAAAUCCUUUGCUGAUAUCCACAGAGGAACGUGCAACACUCUUGGUGGGCAUUAAACAAUUUGUCUAUGAAUUGCCCGAACAGAAAACAAGUAUUUUAGAAAUGCAAUUGAAAUUGGAGGCCUUAAGACAUAUAUUUGGCAGAGUAGCUUUUAAACAGUGUUUAAUAUUUGCUGGCUCACAAUCACGUGCUGAUUCGUAUCGCAAUUAUUUGGAAAAGGAUGGCUGGCCUUGUGAACUGAUAUCUGGGGCUCAGGAUCAAAAAACACGUUUGGAGAAUUUCCGUAAAUUUCGUGAAUUUAAAACACGCAUACUGAUGGCCACCGAUUUAAUGGCACGUGGUGUGGAUUCCGAACAUGUAAAUUUGGUUAUUAAUCUUGAGCUACCAGUUAAUGUAGUAACUUACCUGCAUAGAAUAGGCAGAGCAGGACGUUUUGGUUCUCAUGGUUUAGCCAUUAGUUUUGUAUCGUCAGAAAAAGACCAAAGGAAUUUUAAAAAACUUAUAACCGAAGUUGGUACUGGUAUGAAGGUGUUGAAGUUUCCUUUGAAAGAUCAACCAGAAAAGAACCCAAGAGAUUUAUGGAAUUUUGGAGAAUUUGAAGAAGAUGCCAACUACUUUGGUGUGUAUCAAAGUGAUAUUCAGAAGUUAUUGGCUCCCCUAGCCUCACAAGACAACAUUACACUAACUUCUUCGCUGUCGGAUAAUAAGGAAAAUCUUACAAAUAAUAUUUCAUCCAACCAACAAUCGUCCAUCGACACCAAUACUUUUCUAGUCAAUUCUCAAGAUAGCGCUUUGCACGUGCCAAAUUUGUCCAGCGAACAACUUAAUGCUCAACAAAUCAUGUUAUCUCCCUCAAAUAAUGAAGACUGUAUUGAAGAUUUACCACCCUUAGGUACACCACCACCACCGCCAAACCCCUCCGAAAAUCUUAACACAGCUGGAGAAUCUCACAACAGCUCCUCACACCAUCUGUUAACUUCGAAUACUAUUGAUGAUGCCAGCAGCAUUGCGGCUGAUAGUUUGCGUAGCAGUCAACAGGAUAUUUCACGUUAUCAAUCGGUAUUAAUGCAAAAAUCAGCCAUACCAACACUGGUGGAAUUUCUGGUCGAUCGUCAUUCUUCACAGGACUCACAGACAAAGGAUUGUGAACCUUGCACUAAAAUUGACUUAUUUGAUGCUUACACCAAGGAGGUUUUAAAUAACAAUGAAUCUUUCACAGAGCCUGCAGUAACCGUGGAUGAACCAUUAAUGUCCUCCAACAAAUUAGCACAAUUGAAAUCUUUGCUCAUCGAUAAACCUGAUGAAAAAUCACCCACUAACAAUGUACAUGAUCUGUAUUCCGAUUUUGCCAACUUCCAAGAAGAUGACAUUUCGACCUCGGUAUCUGAAGAUAUUGAUAAACAAACCUUUAUACUGUCCGUAGCUACGCCAUCUGUACAACAAGAUUCUUUUUCAGAAUUACAAAACAAUUCUUCAGAUUUAUAUCCGGCCACAGAUGAAACAAACAUAAGUAUGGGAGAUAAGGAACCAAAACAUUUUCCAUCGCCAGCUCACAAUCAAGUGACAGAAUUUAUGCCAGACCUCUUGGCUGGGCAGAUGCAAAAAAAUAAACCGCCACAGCAGCAUCAGAAACUACAGCAAAAGUUAUCCAUUAAUAAAACUGCUCAAAUUGAAAUACCACCUUAUCAGUCGCCACCCAAUUCCGUCUCACCUUUAGUGAAUGCUCUGCAAAAUAAUGAAAACAAUUCAUCACCAACUAGUGAAAGUUCUUCAGAUUCUGCCACAUCGCCUCAAGAUGAAGUUUUGGACAACUCUGGCUCUGAUAUAGAGCGUAGUGGCAAUACGAGUGGUUUUGAUGAAAAAACCUCAACAUCUGGUUCAUCGGGCAUAGAAUCUUCAGAACACAAUAAUACAGAAGAAAGGCCUCAACAAAUUCCUGUGUACUAUACAUCAAGUGAAGAUGAAUCGUAUGAAAGCGAUGACGAAGAGGAAGAGGAGGAAGAAGAGGGGGAAGAUAAUGAUGAUGGAAGUGAACAUUAUUUUAAUACAGAUGAAGAAGCUGAAGAAGAAGAUGGAGAUGCUGAUGAUGAUGACGAGGAGUUAGCUGAAUGUCUUGAAAACCGCAUGGCCACAGAUUUCACUCAAAUUCAUACUACAACUACCACUCGUAACCACAGUAGCAAUUCAUCAAAUACUUUAACAAACCCCACAACAGAUUCUCUCAAUUUAGCCUAUCAUUCGGCUUAUUCUCGAUGGGUCGAUUUGUAUUGGAAUCAAAUGACCCUGGUACAAGAUUAUGUUAAGUUUUUUAAUUUCACUAGACAACAGCAACAAAAUGAAUAGACUAACUAACUAACUCAACUUAUUAAAUUGUUGUCUUAAGGAACAUAAUUGAACUAUUUUAUUUUUCUUUUACUCUGUUUUUAAGGAAUCUGGAAUUUCUUUAUUUUAUUUUUUUUUAUGAAAAACUAUACAUUUGAAUUUAAUUUUAAGACUGUCUUAAUUGAAUUAUAACUUUAAUAAAAAGUAUUAUAUAGUGGAUUUAGAGAGAAA